GCAACGCGUGUGUUACCAAACCGGUUAUAACGGUACAUAUCGAGUGCACCGAUAUGGCGCGACGAAAAAGUGACAGUGUGAAAUGGACUGUAGUUUUAGUGUUAGUUGUCUUAAGUCCUUUAGUUUUUUCACGACCCCAAGUCGAAACACCUUCUUCUAUAAAUUUAACAAGUAUACAAUCAAAUCAACCCACAGAGACUUCAAUAAGGGUGACGAGUGAAUUACUUAGUGAUGAAGAAAAGAAAAAUGAUUCAGCACCAUUUGUAUCAAUUAAUACCUCAAGAGAAGUCAAAGUUAAGCCAGCUGUAAUUGGAGAAUCAAUUAAGAAGGUUGCAACACAGUUACUCGAUAAACCAAAUAAGACCAUACAAGCAGCAGUUGUAUCUGAUACCAGAAUACCACCAAAGCUUAAAUCACAAAUAGCACAGAAGCAAAAAAUUAAAACAAGGAAGGAAGAUGAACAAUCUAUUGAAAAUUCUCACAUAGGCAUCGCCGUUCCCGUAACCAUGGAAGAGUUAGAAUUGGAAAAUAAGGAAGUACAUGAGUCUUCUACUACAAAUGAAGGUAUAUCAACAUGGAUUUUGCUGAAUAAUCCCGUAAAUAAAGAAAACACUUCAAUAUCAACAGAACCAACCAAAACUGACGAAGCAUAUAAAAAACAAAAGCCCACUCUUAAUAAAAAUAAGAAUAAAAAGCCUCAAAAUAAAGGACCAGGCGCAAAACGUCCUAUAAUUGGUAGCACUAAUAAAUCUGAUUUGGUAGCUGGUGGAUCCGCGAUAAACGAAAAUAUUUAUAACAAAAUUAAAGAUACAGUACUAUCAAAUGUACAGAAAAACAAAAAUAUCACACCCCGGUCUACAACAACAAGUACAACUACAGUAUCAACAUCGACUGAAGCACUUACAACAAAAGUUUCAGUUCCAAUAGUAAAAGUAACUCCAAAGCCAGUAAAAAAGAAUAAUAAAAAUAAGCAGAAAAUUACGUCAACCCCAACUAGUACUACCACGUACCUUCCAAUUGUUAGCGAAUCAGCAAUGUUACCACUGGAACCUAAAGAACAAGAAAUCGAAUUAGAAGUAAGUACGCCUGCAACAACAACUAAGAAACCAAAACGUUCUUCGACUAGGAAGAAGACAAAAACAAAAAAGAUAGAAGCAUCAACUGCAGCAUCAACUGAGGUAAAAACGUCGAACAAAACUAAACUAACUAAAACUUCAAAGAAGCCAACUAGUUCCACAGGUCCGUUCACAACUCAAAUUUACAAUUAUUUCUCUAGAGAAGUGAUGCCAUCAGUUGGAGUUGGUGUAAUUGGUUUAGCAGGACUUGUGGGGCUUGCUAGUUACUUUUUGUAUCCUUUUGCUACACCAGUGAGACGCACAAUUGACGUUGAUAAAAAAGAUGAUAUUUAUAGGCAUAAUGCUGAAGAAUACGCCAGUGAAGGUAACGGUCAACCCGAAGAAGAAAUGCUCGGAACAGUUCUUGCUGGGAUGCCGAUACAUUCAAAACAAAAGUUAAACCCCUAUGCUUCGCAAACAGCUUAUGUUAACAGGUAUCCAACUAAAAAAGACACAGACUUAAGAUAUCGUCACGUAGCUACACCUAGUUAUCCAAAUCAUAGUGUUCACUAUCCUCAACAGAAAACAGGAAUAGCUCAUGGGGCAGUAUAUUCUGAACCUUAUAAUAAUUAUAAUCGCUAUCAAUAUGAAACAAGACAUGCCUAUACAGCAGCAGAAAAGAAGAAUGAUAAAGCUCAAACAUAUAAUCCAUAUCCAGUCGCUGCUGUUGAGCCAAUAUAUGCAGCACCUCAGGCCGGAUUACCAGAGAUUUCAUCAUACGGUAGCGAUAUGACAAGCGCCGUAGUAUAUGGAGUAAAACCUUCAGAGGAAACAGAUUUUAAGCCCGUCUAUCCCUAUGACACCCAGUUUCAUGGAGAAACCACUAGUAGCUCUAUAACAUAUCCCCCUACUUCUAUGUAUUUAGGUUCAAAUGAUGACGCAGAAGAAACAGAAAAUGAAAACUAUGCUGAAGAAAACAAUGAAGACAUGGAAACGGCAAACAAUAAAUUUGUUGUUGGUAAUGUACCGAAAGAGUUAACAGAAUCUGCUACACCGGCAGUUGUACCCGAACAUGGGCCUAGAAAAUUUCUAAGAAGGCGGAGAAAUAUGCGUCAAAAACGAAGUGUUGUCGGUUCUAUUGAGGAAAUAUUGAAAGCUACUCGAGCAAAUAAAGGGAAUGGAAUAUUCAUAAGUAACGAAAUUGAUGAUGGGUUGGAAGUCCCUGCCAGGACACUAUCACCAGUACAGUCAAUGCAAGUAAAGAAUGAAGUUACUAUUUCACCUGAAAAUAAGCACGUCUUCACAGUGUACGCAGUGCCAGUUGAUCCGGCUAAAGAUUUUACUCAAACUGAAGAAGUAAGCACAAUAAAAACCGAAGUUAUUGAGAGUGUCUCUACUAUACCUGUCGAUGGCAAAAAAUCAACUGAAACAGAAAUAUCGAAUGAAGUAGAUGUUACAACUAAGAUUUUUAAAGUGUACGAAGUUUUUACAAGCAAACCUGAAGUCAUAACUGAAAAUAUUGCGCUUACUGAAAAUAGUAAUACAAAAGCAGAUUUAACUACACAGUACAAAAAUAUGAAUACAGAGACUACUACUGAAAUAAGAUCUGAAACUACGUCAACAUUGCCUCCUUCUCCACCUCCAGUUUCAGUUUUUACUAGCAAAAGGCCUUACAGACCGACAUAUUAUGGUCCAACGUACAGGCCAGAGGUAAUAACAUAUCCACCUCUAUCGUCUAGUGGUGGAGGAUUCUUUGAUUUCUUGAAAAGGGUAGUCGAUUUCAAAUAUAGACUUGGAAUGAGCAUUUUACAAAACACUUCCGAAUCUCUCAAUAGAUAUUUAAGAAGUAUGGAAGAAUCAGUAAAAAGGGCUGCAAAGGCAUAA